AUGUCUCACACAAUCCUCUUCCUAAUUGGCGACUACAUGAGAGAGAUCUGUCGAUCCACUGACCCGGAGGCCGAAAUUGUCCGUGAUCAUAUUAAAAACGCUAAACUUCUCCCAGGAGAAAUCAUGCUCCCCCUUCUGCAGCGGAAGAUGAAAAAGGAGCAAUGUGAAGGCGGCUAUCGCGCGGUUCUCGUCGACGGGUUCCCCAGAGAUUUCGCGCAGGCUAUAUCUUUCGAAGAAACAGACAAGGCAAAGCAGCGGUUUUUAAACAGAAAGCUCCCUGAGAGACCUGAAGAUACAGACGACAUGUUUGAAAAGAGAUAUCGUCAGCACGAAGAAAAUAACGCCAGAAUUGUGAAUUACUAUCACGAAGCUGGUAUACUCGAAGAGACACCAUUCAGAAGUGCUCUAGACAUGCAUCCAGCAACCGUGGGCCGCCUACGGCGGUCAACCAUCGAAGUAGAACGCAAAUUCCGCUGCAGCGACAAGUCCAUCGAGCAAUUUCGCAGAAACACAGGUUCACCGCCAUUUCGCCGUCUCGACCAUUUGGGCAAACGGAGUUUCGAAGACGCUUAUUUUGACCGCAACAAGAUCCUCUCCACGAACGGCAUCUGGGUACGUCAGCGGAAUGGGCAGUGGCAGGCCAAAGUUCGUCCAGAUGCCAAACAAGGCUCUUUCACGAAUUCCCAGUUUGAGGAAUUCACGAAGGCGUCCCAGAUUGCGCAGAUGAUCCGCAGAUAUAUCGACCCCAGCCUCGUGUCCUCGACGGGGGCGGACAAUUUUGGGCUUGCGCAGAUCGCUCGUUUCACGACAUAUCGGGAAAUGUGGAAGGUCGACGACAAGUUCGAUGUGGUGUUUGAUCGAACUGAUUUUGGCCACGUAGUGGGUGAAGUGGAACUGGAGUGUGAAAUCCAAGUUGACGACGAUGACGGGAGGUCACUGGUGCAGAAGCAAGCUGCGAUUGCAGAGAUGGAUGGAGAGAUUGGAUUGUUCAUGCGACAGUAUUCGUGGGCUUUUCCUAUAGCCAUUGAUGCUCGUUGUCGUCGAAUUGGAGAGUGGCAUGCAGGACAGAUUCCUCAACAACGAAGACAUGUGUAUUAUGCGGCGCUCCGUUCGGAAUCCUCCCGAUCGGUUCCAAGGCAGUCGAUUGUGAUUCCACAUGAAGGCAAAUGCGCAGUUACACAAGACACCCAGCGAUGCCAGGAGGAGCCUUUUGAUCCUGGAGAGAACGACGCCAAGACGGUAUAUCGGUCAGGGUUUGGGGGUUCGCUUCUAUUCGCUGCCACGGCUUACACGACCGGCCACGGUCCCCAUCUCAUCGUCAUCAUCAUCGUCUCCUCUCUUCCGGUGAGAGUCCCGCGCGGCACGGGUCAGGUCGUGGUCUCUUCUGCUCCACCGGCCCUGACCGUGUUACUAUGCGGCAUCCGUGCUGCGGCCUUUCUUUUCUUCGCCAACGAUGCAAAUCAUAAUUGCUCAAUGUUCCGUGGCACAUGUCAUGUUUUUCGUUUAUGGAUCCCCUUGGGAGCGAGAACUUGCACGAUCGUCGCUGAGGACCAAGCCGACGCAGCCAAAGCUGCCCAUGCACGACGCCGGGAACAAGUCAGGAGAGCCCAGCGUUGCAUUGGUGCCAGCAACCAUCGCGAAAGAAAGGAAACGUAUAUCAAGGCCCUCGAGCAGGAGUUCCGCACCCUGCGCAAUGAGGAAGACUCCAUCGUAAUGGAAACGCAAAAGGUAGCGGACGAAAAUAAGAUGCUUCGCGACAUCAUGCGUGCGAACGGACUCGCAUUCCCAGGAAAGCCGCUAGCUCCAGGCUCGCAGAACAGGCCGCCCACGAUCGUCAAGGUCAUCGGUGACCCGGGCGCCGACCAGCGCCUGCAGGUCGCGGUGGACGGCGCCUCUGAUAUACCACGGAUAUUCCCGCCAGACAACAUGAGCCCUGACGACCGGAAGACUACUUCAUCAGACCACACUACAGCUUCUCCCCAGCCCAAUAUCAAGCACGAGUCUCCACAAAGCCUCUCGCAAAGUCCCCAGGAUCAGACAGUGGGACCCAACCACUGCAACCAUGGAAGCCAUCCUUUGCCUUCAAUCAAACAUCCGCUUGGUUUAGAUUCAACCCAAGUUGGAGUUGACUUUGUUCUCUUCUUGGAACGCCACUGUUUACAGCAUGCACGCACCUCCUGUGCAAAGUCUCCUUUCUCAGGGCAUGUUCUGACGUUUCAAACGCCCUUGCUUGCCAAUGGCCCAGCCACACUCCAUGAUAAUGACACAUGGGAGAUUCCCGCUUGCCACUUGGAUCGGCUCUUUGAGCUGGCCGGUGCACUGGAUUUGGCUGGUGAUAUCACCCCGGUGCAGGCGUGGAAUAGAAUCAGGCAGCAUCCCUCAUUUCACAAACUCGAUGCAGAAAGCUUGCGGAAUCUUACUGUUUUGCUGAAAAAGGAUGUUCAAUGUUUCGGAUUCGGAGCUGUUAUUGAUGAAGAGCUCUUCAACAUGUACUUGGAACAAACCUUUCACUCCCUGUAA